GUCGUCUCGAUGUGGAUGCCGGUCGUGCGCGCUUCGUCGUAACGAUGAGCGUCAUAAAGAAGGAGAAAUUGGAGGCGUAUCGGCGCGAGAAACGCAGGGAGAAGAUAAGAGACUCGAUCAGGAACGUCCUGGCCAACGCGUUCGCGUGGAAUCGCGCCGGAGCCGAGAAGCUCGUCGGAGAACCGGCGAUGGACGACGAGAAGGUGAGGUUAUGUCAGCGAAACGAAAAUGAUCCCGUGAACGAUAAAUGUUUUCUCUCCCGUGUGCAGACAAAGCUGUGCGAGGAGCAGCAGGUGCAUGAGAACGCCGCGAGUGCUGCGAAGGAUGCCUCGUCGUCGUCGUCGUCGUCGGCGGAGGACUCCUCGUGGACGGACGCCGUCUCCUCGGAUGGCGACGCCCUGGCGUCGGAAAGUACGCUGUUAACUAAAUUCACUUAUUUACUGUACGCCCUGCUGUGGAUCACGCUCUACGUGAUCGCGCUCGAGUACGAGUUCGGUGCGGUUUAUUUUGUGCUGUCGGCCCUGCUCUUCGUCUGCCUGAACACCAGGUCCAGGCCGAAGCAGCCGGGCGAGCCCAGUGCCUACUCCGUCUUCAAUCCGAAUUGCGAGGCUAUAGACGGAACGCUCGACGCGUCGCAGUUCGAGAACGAAAUAAGAUACGGUGCGGGGGUAGUGCGAUGAAGUGUGAACCGAACUGACAAAAUGUUCAAGUGAGUCGAGUAUUACGUCGUUAUUCCGUGCAUCUUUAAAUUGAUGCUUGCUCAUCGAUUUAUAUUACUUACGACGCCACGGUUAAAUAAUAUUAAUGAUAAAUAAUACGAAUAAUAUUGGACCAGAAUGAUGUGAUAUAGUGAGCGCGCAGCACACACGUUCCAGUUAGCUUCGCAAUUUGACAAAGGAGUCAGAUUACAAUGAAGUUUUACAAUGAAGUUGGAAUUGAAGUGAUUUUGCAAUGACUCUUCUAUUUGAUUAUAAUUUGAACAAUAUUUAUUAUUUCUGAUAUUUGAAUUACGGACCUGACUGCCACACUGUGGCGACAAAGAGGUACGACGUGCAAUAUAGGUGAUUAGAAAAUAUAAUUAUGCUAUUUUUGUACUUGUGAAAGAUAGAAAUAUAAUAUGCAACUGCCUGCGCAAUUAUUGCGUUACAGUGCGCAGUAAUCGUAACGAUAAAGAGGGAAAGAGAGAGAGUGAUGAUGCAAAGCGAUGCAAGUGCCGAAAGUGCUUCCUUCGUACAAUGCUAUGGAUAUUUUUAUAAUAUUUAACGAAGCGAGUAUAUGAGAUUUUAUAAUAAUAUAUAAUAUAAUAAUAAUGUAUAAUAAUACAAAGAUUGUGAUACGCUUAAAUUUACAAGUGAGUUAAAUUUAUAAGUAAAGUUACAUUUAAGGUAUUCUACUCGCGUUGCUUUGCAUAAACUAUCGAGAUAAGAGUAUCGAAAAAUAUACGUUGUUACAA